CGCUGCGUUGCCAUAGUUCCUCAAGCCAGCAAGCAAUCAAGAAUCCAAUCAAAGCCUCCAUCUCCAUCUCGGGUCAUCCAGUCCCAAGCUCGAACCGAAGAUGUCGUGCUGCUCAGGAAAGUGCGGCUGCGGCGACGCCUGCAAGUGCGGCAGCGGCUGCAACGGCUGCGGCAUGUACCCCGACGUCGAGGCCGCCAGCAACGGCAACGUCCUCCUCGUCGCCGCCGCCACCCACAAGGCGAGCGCCGGCGGGAUGGAGAUGGCGGUAGAGGCGGAGAACGGCGGCUGCACCUGCAGCAAGUGCAACUGCGGCACCAGCUGCGGCUGCUCCUGCUGCACCUGCUAGAUGGUCGACCAUCCACUGGUCGCCUGCUACCACCAUGUAACGCUGCCCUGAUCGAGGGCCUAUGUAUGUGUGCCCCUGCUCUGCAUCUGCAGCAGAUCAUGCAUAUGUGCGCCCCAAAUUAAAUAAAUUUCGCCCGGUUUAACUGUCCUAAA